UAUUAAUUGUCAUAUAUACGUUAACCACAUUAGGUAAUUCCGUAAUCUUAUUUAAGGAAAUAAUGAAGCACAUUAAUAAUGUAUUUAUUGUGAUUUGAUAAAAAGCUUAUUAUAUAUUUAGAUGGACCAACAUAUUUGUCUAAGGAUUCUAAAAAUCAUUCUAAUGAUGACACGUGGUUACAAAAAAUGUUGCAAUGCUUCUCAAAUAAUAUAUAAAGGAUAUUAUGUACUGGUUGUAUUUUUCUAGAAUGAUUCAUCUAAUUGAUUAUUGUUAUGUUAAUUUUGUUUUUCGACAUGCUUUGUUUCUCUUUAUCAACGAAGAAAGAAAAAAACAAAUUCUUGUUGUGUUCUUGGCAAAUUAUUAUCCAUUAUCUAUCUCUCCAGCAAUAUGCGAGUGUCAGUUUUACAUUUGAAGCUGUUGGAAAUUUUAUUCUAAAAUUUGUUGUAUAUACAUAUCAGAUUUCAGAAUAUAUAUAUCUCUAGUAUACAACUUGUGCGUAAAAAUGUGUAUGGUUCGUGUAAUGGCUUUCUUAAAUAAUUAACUAAGAAUAUGAGAGAUCCUUCGAGAUCAAAAAAAUAUUAUUAGGUUUGAGUGUAUGUGUAACGUUAAAAACAAUACUGUAAUUGUAUGUGUACAAACUCAUGACUAUGAAGAAAAAAGAAUUGUAAAUAGGUGCUUCAGAUUAUAGUACUGUGCCACAAACUACUGCUUGGGAUAUUGACUUUUUCCAUUAUUCAUGUUCUACGUUUCUAUCUAAACGUUAUUGCGUAUAAUGAAUUUGCUAGAUAUGAUACUAUACUAGUAAUAACAACAAAUUUCUCAAACAUGUAUGUGAAACAGAUUUUUUUUUAAUUCAAUGACUCAAAACAAAAGAACAGUCAGAAGUUUGGUAAUUUUUUGAAAGUUUAUCUCAAAACCAUUCAGAUUUUGAAAGUUAUAUAUAGAUAUAUGUUAUAUUAUUCUUAUUUAAAAUGGAAGAAAAAGAUUUUUUAUGUUCAAGUCAAAAAGUUUUAAGGCAAAACUGGUAAUACCAUUAAUGGCUAUUAUUAGAUUCAAUGAAUAAUACAAAAAAAAUCUAAGGUUGUUUAUGAGUCAAAAUCUUAGACGGUUAAGAUGAAUUAAGCUAGAUCUAAAGGCUCUUAUUCUUCUUGUAGACAACACCCUAUCAUGUUGAAAUCCUUUUAAAUAGAGGCUCUCUCUUGUGCAGUUCUUCACUACAAACUAUCAAUAAUCAGUAUACUAUUUGUUACUUCAGCAUAUUCUAUCAGUAUAGUUUUUCCUGUUUCUCCAUUCACCGAUCUCUCUUGUUUCUUCUUUUCUUUUGAAAGCUGGGCUACUUCUCAUUAUUUCUUGUCUUUCAAAGGACAUAUUUUUACAAUGGAUGAGUCUACUCCAAUCGAAGCUACACCAUUCAGCUAUCUAAUUCCGAGCUUUGCUGACGAUGAUAACCAUCACAUGGAGAACAUCCCAUCACCAACUUCUCAAGUGGUUACACCACUUCAAACUGUUGAUGACGAGACCUCUUACACAACACCACCUCCCAUUCUUCAAGCCUCACCGCUUCAGCCUGCUAAUGAGGAAAACUACAACACACCAACACCCUAUCAACCUCUAUUACUGGCCACACCACUCAGCUUCAUUUCACCAUCUGAUGAAUCCAACACUGCUGCUGUCGAUCCCAACAUGGGUCCUAUCAAAAGAGGACGAGGCCGACCAAAAGGUUCAAAGAAUUCAAAGCCGUCCAAGAAGAAGAUGGAAACCUCUCAUCCCAACAAUGAAGUGGUUGUAUCUGGUCACAAUGAUGAAACUCACAACACAUCAUUCUCCCCUCAUCCUCCUCUAAUGGCCACAGAUCUUCAAGCUAUUGUACCAUACGAUGACUCCAACCACGACUCUUUGGCUGAUGAUGAUGCUGCUCCGAGUAGUGAUCCUCUUAAAAGAGGACGGGGCCGACCAAAGGGUUCGAAGAGCGCCAAGACGCCUGUGAAGAAGCUGAAACCCCAUAAUCCCGACGACAAAAUAUUUUGUCCCAGUUUUGACUCGAUGAUAACCGAAGAGGAGAAAGAAAAUGGGAAUGAAGAUCUGGUGGACUCCGUUCGGAUGCGUUUCAACGCCGUUUGUCGUCGCUUAGGCCACAUAAGCUGCGAGAAAGCUGUGGUCACAACUGCCUUCAGUAGGUUUACCAAUAUGGGUGUCAGAACUAACAAGAAGAAGAGAAUCGGUCCGGUUCCGGGGGUACAACCAGGAGAUAUAUUCUACUUCUGGGGAGAGAUGUGUUUGGUUGGACUUCACACUCAGAUGCCUGCUGGUAUCGACUAUCUACUAGCGAAAGAUGGUGAAGCAGAAGGCUUAACAACAAGUGUCGUUACAUCAGUAGGACACUACAACGACAAAACGGACGAGCUUCAUACUUUGGUAUACACCGGGCAAGGAGGAACGUGUAAGGAUGGUAAACCUAGAAAUCAAGACCUUACAAGAGGAAACCUAGCGUUGGUCACAAGUCAGAAAAGAGGAAAUGAAGUUAGAGUGAUUAGAGGUGUAGAGGAUCCGGGCGAUAAAAAAGGGAAAGUAUAUAUCUACGAUGGUCUCUAUGUGGUAACCCAUUAUUGGAUAGAGAAAGGGACCACCGGCUUUGAUGAAUUCAAGUUUAAUCUCGUGAGAAAACAAGACCAGCCUUCUGGUUUCGCCACGUGGAAGUUAGCUGAAGAAUUGAUGAAGUGUGGUUCGAGUAAUCGGUCGAGGAAGGGUUUUGUGUUUGAAGAUAUUUCUCUUGGAUUGGAGGCGUUGCCAGUUCCGAUCGUGAAUGAGAUCGAUGAGAACGACAAGGAGUGGCCUCUAGACUUCGACUACAGAGCCUCUUCGGAAAGUUUGAGUAUGAUGAUCGUUCUGAACCAUCAAUCUACUGGAUGCAACAACACUUGUCAAGGUGGUCAGUCAUGUGGAGAUCCGACAUGUCUUUGUAUUCAAAGAAAUGGCGGCGAGUUACCGUAUGAUAACCGCAUUUUACUAUAUCGUAAACCGAUGAUUUACGAAUGUGGCGAAUCCUGUUCUUGCCCCGCGGACUGCAAGAACAGGCUAUCUCAAAGCGGUUUGAAACUCCGGUUGGAAGUGUUCAAGACGGAGAGCUGCGGUUGGGGGUUACGUUCGUGGGAGCCCAUACGAGCCGGGACUUUUAUCUGCGAGUUGGUUGGCACAGCUAAGAGAAGAGAUGAGAUUGAAGAAGACGACGAGUACGUCUUCGACACCUCUCGAGUUUACAAAAGGUUUAGGUGGAACUACGAACCGGAACUUGUGGGUGAAGACUGUUGGGACGAAGUCUCUGAAGUUUAUAAACUUCGGUCGGAAAUAUUGGUCAGUGCCAGAGCUUUUGGUAACGUUAGUCGGUUCAUGAACCAUAGCUGCUUGGCUAACGUUAUGUGGCAGCCUGUUGAGUUUGAAAAGGAUGGCCAACCUUUGGUUCGUAUUGCCUUUUUUGCAAAGAGACAUAUACCUCCGUUGACAGAGUUGAGAUACGAUUAUGGAAUGUCUUAUGAUACUGGAGAGGUUGAUGAAGGUGGAAGCAGGGUUUUUACAGGUAAAAGGGCUUGCUUGUGUGGUUCGGAAAAUUGUCGUGGUUCUUUUGAGUGAGGUUGAACAUUUUUAUUAUUAUUGUUGUUGUCUUUUUAUCUGUUGUUUUGAUUAUUGUGGUCUUGUGUUUCCUUUUAAUCCUUAAGAAUAAAAAACUUACUUAAGUUUUUAAUCAUAGUGUAUGUUAUUUCAUUAUCUGUUAGAUUUGUAUCAUAAGAAAUCCAAAUCAUGUUUAAGUUAAACCAAUUAAUUUAAGUCAUUUCUAGUCUUUUAUCCUUCAAGUUUUGAGAUUGAAAAGAAAAAUAAGACUUGAUAAAAAGAUAAAAUAAGAAAAAAAAAGAUCUUUUAAGAAAAAUAGACGAUAGAAAAGACAAAAUAAGAAGAAACAAAAUUUUUUUUCAGAAAAAUAUUAUUUCGCAAAAAAGAAGUUUAUUGAAAUUGUAAUUUUCUCAAAAAAAAGUAAAUUUGAUGUUUGUGUUAUGAUUUUAUAUAUGUAGUGCUAUUUGUUUUGAUAAUAUUUUGUCUAAGCAUUUAUCACUGAGAUUAGAAUAAAAAAGAGAUUUAGUGGUUGUUUUAGUUUUAGAUAUGAUUCACGAUUGACUUCAGAACAUUAAUAGUUAUAGUAUAUGGAAGGUUAAUUAGUUGAUUUUUUAUAUUAUAAUCUUGUGUUUUUCUCAAGCUAACAAUUAAACUCGUCAUGUCUUGAACUUCUCGAGUUUACAAAAAAUUUAGGUGGAACUAUGAACCCGAACUUGUGGUUGAAGACUGUUGGGACGAAGCCUCUUAAGUUUAUAAACUUCGGUCGGAAAUCUUAGUCAGUGCGAGAGUGAUUGCUAAUAUUAGUCGGUUAUGAACCAUAGCUGCUCGGCUAACGUUAUGUGGCAGCCUGUUGAGUUUGAAAAGGAUGGCCAACCUUUGGUUCGUAUUGUGUUUUUGCAAAGUGGCAUAUACCUCCCUUGGCAGAGUUGAGGUAUGAUUAUGGAAUGUCUUAUGAUAAUGGAGAUGUUGAUGAAGAUGGAAGCAUGGGUUUUAGAGGUAAGAGGAUUUGCUUAUGUGGUUCGGAAAACUAUCGUGGUUCUUUUGAGUGAGGUUGGAUUUCUUAUUAUUAUUGUUGUUGUCUUUUCUUUUUUGUUGUUGUUUUGAUUAUUAUGGUCUUGUGUUUCCUCUUAAUCAUUAAGAAUAAAAAAUUUAUUUAAGUAUUUAAUCAUAUUGUUUACUUACGUUAUUUCAUUAACAGUUAGAUUUGUAUCAGAAGAAAUCCAAAUCAUUUUUAAGUUAAGCCAAUUAAUAUAAGUCAUUUCUAGUCUUUUAUUCUUCGAGCUUUGAGAUUGAAAAGAAAAAUAGGACUUGAUAAAAAAAAGACAAAAUAAAAAAAAAAUAAGAUUUUUUAUAGAAAAAUUGACUUGAUAAAAAGACAGAAUAACAAAGAACAAAAUAAGAUUUUUUUAGAAAAAUAUUUUUUUAUAAUAAAAAAAAGAAGAUUAUUGAAAUUGUAAUAUUCUAAAAAAGUAAAUUUGAUGUUUGGUUUAUAAUUUUAUAUAUGUAGUGCUAUUUGUUUUUAUAAUAUUUCAUUAAGCAUUUAUCAUUGAGAUUAGAAUCAAAAGAGAUUUGGUGGUUAAUUAAGUCUUAGAUAUGAUUCACGACUCACUUCAGAACAUUAAUAGCAAUAUUUUUAAAACCAUACCGGAUACCGACUCGGUAAAGCUACGGGUUAAGUGGUUGGACCCGUGUAACCGGUCGAACCGGGUUUUCUAUUUAAAAAUAAGUAAAUCUAAAUAAUCAUAUAUUUAUAAAAUGUAGUUCUACAUAUAAUAUGUUCUAUGUUCUCUUUUAUUAAUUAGAUAAUAAACAAUAACCAUAAGUAUAUUUAUAUAUACAAGUGAAUACUAUAUCAACUAAAAUUGAUAACAAAAAAACAAAUGAGUGACUGUUUAAAUUACAUAUUUAUUUAUUUUUACAACUAAUUCUCUUAAAUUAUAUGAAUAUA